AUGAGCACAACACUAUCUCCAGAAUAUCUGGCUGCGGAUCAGAGUUGGCGGCUACUUCAUGUGGCGGUGGCUUUCGCUGCCAUGGAGAUUAUGUUUGUUUCUCUAUACGUUGGAUCGCGUCUCAAAAGCGGAAUUAAACAGGGACCGGAUUUCUAUCUUAUCAUUGCUGCGUUGAUCGUCAAUUUAGGACUUGUGGUUGUUUGCUUUACAUACGCGAAACUUGGGGGAUUAGGCCAUCAUAUAGAAGUAGUCACACCCGAGGAGGUCGUUAGUUUCACGAAGUCAAAGCUGGCCCUCAUAUACCUAUACAUCGCGGCGGUCACGCUUCCGAAACUCGCGAUCCUCAGCCUGUACCUGCGGCUUUUCCAAGACAAAGGAUAUAGAUAUGCUGCGUUUGCUAUAAGCGGAAUACUCGUCAUUUGUUUGGUGAUUGCUUGGGUCUUGUCGACGGUUAUAUGUAUUCCAUUCGCGUACAAUUGGGAUACCACGAUUCCAGGAGGGAGAUGUCUGAACAAAGGACUGAUGUACACAAUGAUGAGCCUGCCUAAUAUUGGGACAGACUUUGCAAUUUUUAUUUUACCACUGCCAAUCAUAUGGAACCUUCAGAUGUCCCGAAACCAGAAAAUUGGACUAGCCAUUACGUUUGCAACAGGCAGCAUGGGGAUAAUCACCGCAAUUGUCCGUCUCGUCAUAUUCAGAAAGCUGGGAGAUGACAGAGACUUCUACUGGUCUGCCACUGAUACAGUCAUGUGGACAGUUAUUGAACCCGGGAUCUAUCUCAUCGCCUCUUGUCUUCCAUCCCUGCGCUCGCUAUUCACGCCAUUAUUCAAGAAAAUCAGUUGUAGUACCUUCAGAGCACGUUUCCACUCACCACUUCCUCGCAAAUCCUUCUUAGACUCGAGCAUCAGAGGCACCAACCCUUCCCGAGUCUCGCAUACUCUGGACACACUGCCACCAACGCACGAGUCGGAAAGCGUCAGGUGUUUCUCUCGACUGGAUGGGCCGUGGCAAUCGGAUGGUAUAGAUGAUAGCGAGCCACGGACUUCGGUCUCGUGUUACAGGACUCGAAGUCUGAUACAUGAAGCUGAUGGGGGGAUCGAGACUGUCGAUGGCAAAGAGUUGCCAGAAGACGAUAAGGCGACUAAUCCCUUCGUUAUCAGAGUCCAGAAGACGACGAGUUUGAGUAGUGAGCCGAGAAUGAGUAAUAAGACGACGACGCGGAACCCUUGA